AUGGGCAAACUUUUUCCAGAGCUGCAGCCAAGGGAGUCCUUGUGUGAACGCCUGCAGCAACCAGUCUUGCGCGCCCAUGCGGCGGCCCAACGAGGCCAUCCCAAGGCUGUGCAGGCGGUCGUGUUGCCAGCGGUAGAGAAGGUCAAGGUGGAGAAGGUGAGGCGCCCUCCGGUGCCCCGCAUGUCUGUUCGCCGGGAGUUGCAGCUGCAGGUGGGUGAGACUUGGGCCUUGUCCACCAAGUCCUCUAGCAGUUGGAGAAGGAGGCGACCGAUGUCGCCCUUCAGUCUGGGAGAGGCAGCCUACACCAAGGAGACCUUGGGCUUUGGCGUCUAUCGCCAGUGCAUUGAUGAGGAGAUGGCUGAACACGACGCGGAGGUCGCUGCCUUUGCUUUCCACCGUAUGGACUGUCAGCGACAGGCAGGCAUGCGAGAGCGGGAGCAAGCGGCUCUGUGGCGCAAACGCCGGGAUGCGCGAGAGCCCUUGUACCAGGUGCGCUGGCUUUUUCUCCCGCAUGUGGCCAAAAAGCCGCCGACACCACUUCUAGACGAGGAGGAGGACGUGCCGGAGAUGCUGAUGCAUGAGGGUGAGGCACCUUCUGGUCCUCCUUCGAGACCUCCAACACCUGCUGGAUAUUGGACCAACCAUGCCGAAAGCCAUUCGCAGGACCUGUUCGGACCUGAUGAACGUACACCUCUCAAUCAUCGCGUCCUGGAGCGACUCAAGUCUCGAUCGCACAACAUGGGCGCUGAAAGGAACUGGAGGUUGACCUUGAUGCGGAAACGCCAACAACGAGAGAAGGCGAAGAAGAUUAUGAACUCUCGGCCAAUGACGUUCAUGCAAGACAGCGAGGUGAAUGUUCACGAGUUCCUCUCUAACAUCAAGCCGAAGGAAGCACAGGCGUAUCAGGCCAUGCUGCGCCAGAUGUGCAGCAAUCGGAAGGUCGACCAGGCGGACCUGCAAAUGGUGCUCUCCGACCUUGGCUUCCGGCCAAGGACACCCGAGGAACGGGAAGCCUUGCGGAAGUUGCUCUCCCAAGUGGACACCCUGGAGGUUGACUUCGACCAAGUAGUGCAACAGUUGAUCCCCAGCCUCCGGACGCAGCUGGCAGACCUGCGAGGGCCUGGGCUGCUGGACCUCUUCACCGAAGCCGACGAGGACCAAAGUGGCGCCCUCUCUGUGGAAGAGCUGCUAGCGGUCUUGCAACGCAGUGGCUUCUACCCCCAAAUGAAGGAGGUGGUAGAGACCUUAGUGGAAGUCAUCCCCGGAGCCCGGAACCAUCAGAACAUGGAGGGGAAGUUGCUGUUGGACCGCGUCUCGAUUUCCCACUCCUAUUUCCGCGUAGUGGCUCCUCUCUUGCAGGAGAAGGCCGAAUGCCAACGUCUUCAGAGAGAACUACAAAUAGCAGAGGAGCUGAACUUGGAUGCCAAGGAGAAGGAACUGUGGCAGGACAACUUGCUGGAUAUCUGGGAGGCCUUUCACUCCUUCUGUGACGAUUCCUCCCGCCUCCAGGUGUCACGGCUUCCUUUGAUCUUGAUGGACACCGAGCUGCUUCCCAAGCAUGGUUCCUUAAGGGACUUGCUUAAGUCUAUGGCCGAGGCAGAACUGGCGAAGGCUGAGAAGGGGUCCGCACCUGCAGAGAUGAUGGAUCUCCGGCAAUGUGUAAAGAUCCUCAGCCUGAUCCGGGAGAAGGAGUGUCAGCGUGUCAUCGAUGUCUUCAACCAGAACGACUCUGACAGCACCAAUGGGCUAAGCCUCGAUGAAUGCAAGAAAUGCCUGGAUGAGUGUGGCGUGAAGGCUACGGAUGAGGAGUCUGACUUCAUCAUCGGACUGAUCGACGAGUACGAUUUGGACGAGUCUGGCGAGCUGGAAUUGAAGGAGUUCCUUCGCAUGGUGAAGUUCGUGACCUCGCGGCUGCGGAGACGCCGGAAGCGUGAACACGCUGACCUGGCGCUGAAGUAUGGCUGGGGUGCGGAGGAGUUCGAUUGGAUCCGCUUGAACUUUAUGUUGGCCGAUCGGGAGAUGGAUGGCCACAUCCGAGAUGAUGAGAUUGCCUGGACAGUGGAGCAGCUCCGGUCCGAGUGGCCCCACGGCGAUACCAGCGGCAUUUUGCGGGAGAUGCGCCUCGUCUCUUGGAACUCCUCUGUUUCAGUUGACAUUUGCGGCUUGCUAAAGGUUCUGAACUACGUGGAUAUCCGCAUGAAGCAUCGGCAAAUUGGCACCAUCUUGGGUCUUGACAAAGAAGCCGUGGACAACUUCUGCUCAGUCUGGUGGUCAAUGCACCCUGAGUCUGACACCGUGGCAAUCUCGACCCUGGUGGACGUCAUCAAGCAGCUGCCGGGCUUUCCAAAGAAGCUGGCGAAGCUUCAAGAGAUGAUCAAUGAGGGGGCAGAAAGAAUCAACUUCCAGAAGUAUUGCAUGGUGAUGAGGCGAAGCUAUGAGCCAAGGAGAGAUGUGGAUGCCCAGCCGUGA